ACAGCGAAAAACAAACCUCUCCUAUUAAGAAGUGUCUAGGGUUGGGCCCUUAGGGUUUAUGCAUUUGGUGAGGAAGACGAAGGCGAACCGAAUCGGAUCGAAUCGAGAGACAUGUCGAAGAAGAACAAUCUCUCCCGUAGAAAAAGGCAGUACGAAUUCGAUCUUCAAAGAGAGAAAAAAGAAAAGGAAAAGCAGACCCAGAAGCUUCAAGCAAAGAAGAACAAGAUGAAAGUUGAUGCUAGCAACAAGAAAAAGAAGGGCGCAAGUGGGUUUCAAGUGGGGAAGAGAAAGGUGAAGACCAAAUUGACGGCAUUGGCAAAAGCUAAAGCUGCCCAGGCAAUGGAGAUUGAAGAUUGAGGUUUGAUUGGAAAGAUUUUAUGUGUAUGUGGUGAAAGGUAACAAGAAGAAACAAGUCGGAGCUAAAAAUAUGCCUGAUUUGUUGAGCUUAGUGAUUCGUAAUUUAGAUGGAAAGUUAAUGUUAUCUUCACUAUCACUUUUCCUUUUGCUCCUGUUUUUUGACCCAAUUUUCUUAUGGAAAUUAUGUUCUUUAUUUGCUAGAAGAUUUGUGUGCUGUAAUAAUCUCAUGUUGAUAUGCUUACUCUGUUCCUCGUCUGUAGUGGCUAACUAACUAGAGUGUGGAUGGUGAUCUUUAGUGCAAAAGGAGAAUGGUAUUUCGCAUGUAACUUAUGGUGUUCAUGGUUUGGAAUUCGCAAAUAUAGGUGUUUGUGUUUUAACA